AUGACGGCCAAAACCACCAGCUUUAGCGUCCACGAUUUGUGUACGCCCCACACAGGCCGCGAGGGUACACUGCGAUCGAGCAGUACCGACGUGUUUACGUUUUCCGCCAAGGACUUUGUCAAGGAACGCAUCGACACGCCGAUAUCGGACGUCUACGAAAUUGGGGAACGAUUGGGAGCGGGGGGAUACGGUGAAGUCUUUGCGUGUGUCCACAAGGAAACCAAAAUUGAACGGGCCGUCAAGAUUCUGGACCGGUCUCGGUUGUCUCCCUUUGGCGUGGCCGAUGAAGACGAACUCAUCAAGGAGUUUAAUAUUCUCAAGGAAUUGGAUCAUCCCAAUAUUCUGAAGCAAAUUGAAAUGUUCAGUGACGAAAAGAACUAUUAUAUCGUCACGGAAAUCUGCCGAGGAGGAGAGCUGUUUGAUGAAAUUCAAGAGUGGGGAAAUUUCAUUGAAGAGGAUGCCGCGGAACUCAUGAGGCAUUUAUUGGGAAGCAUCAAUUACUGUCAUCAAAAGGGCGUGGUACACAGAGACCUCAAGCCGGAGAAUAUUUUGCUCGAACAAGACAAAGACUUGGACUCUAUCAAAGUCAUUGAUUUCGGAUUGGCACAGUGUGUGGAAAAGGACACGGAAAUGACGGAUUUGGUAGGGUCCAUUUACUACAUUGCACCAGAGGUGCUCAUGGGGCGACACAAUUUCAAAGCAGACAUUUGGUCUUGCGGGGUGAUUGCCUAUGUCUUGCUGGCCGGAUACGCGCCGUUUGAUGGGCACUCGGACGAAGAAAUCAAGGAAGAAAUCCUCAGUGGAGAAUUCGAAUUUGACGAAGAUGUAUGGGAGGAUGUGUCCGAGCAAGCCAAAGAUUUUAUUUGCACGCUGCUAGAAUUCGAUGCCAAAGAACGUGUCACUGCCGACGAGGCACUCAAACAUCCGUGGAUUGUGCAGUCGAGGAUUGAUGCCUCGGAACGCAUCAAGCACCGUGAUUCGGCCAAUGAACGCGCCAUGGAGGCACUCUACAACCUGGAGCGAUUCAACGCACAAAACAAAUUGAAACAGGCCACCUGUGCCUUUAUUGCUUCGCAGUUGGUCUUGAAAGAAGAAAAGAAACGCAUUGACGAAUUGUUUCGGGCGUUGGAUAUCAACAAUAAUGGCAAACUCUCAAAGGAGGACGUUCAAACCGGAUACAAGGAAGUUUUCGGUAAGGAGCUCAAUCCAGCAAUGGUCGAGGCCAUGUUCAAACGCAUUGACUACGACAACACCGGAUACAUUGAGUACUCGGAAUUCCUCGUGGCCACCAUGAACGAAAAGGAUCUCCUCAACAACGACAAAUUGAAACACGCGUUCAACAUGUUUGAUGCCGACGGCAGUGGAGUGAUUUCCAGAGACGAGCUAGUGGAAGUCAUGUCCUACUUUCAGUCUGUGGACAAAACUAUGAACGGUGAAGCAAUCAAUCGAAUUAUCCGUCAGGUAGAUGAGAGCGGUGAUGGCCAGAUUGAUUUUGAAGAAUUCAAGGCAAUGAUGGUCAAGACAGCGGAUGAUACUGGCAUCAGUGAGGAUUCAUUUAGCGCGGAUUUAGCCGCCCUACCGAUACCCGAGCCUGUACCCGAACCACAGCAAGAGACGCCACAACCACCACAAGGUCGAAGGACCCGAAACAUGCCAGCGGGCUUGUCCUCAUCCUGUACGACAGCUCCCAAGAGCCGGUUGCCACAGGGGCCACCGUCCGCCCUUUCGUCGUCCGUGCAUCACGGACGAGAUCCCUUGGCGACCAAGCUUUCCGGGGGCACCAAAAAGUGUUUGGCGUUGUUUGAGAGAACGCCUUCCGAGGGCGUCGACCAGUUCGUUGCCAUUGAACGGCUCAGCUGCAGGUUGAGCUUUGGUCGAAUGAAGAGACGCGAUUCUCAAGAGAUUAUCCGAAUGCCCAAGAACGGUUCCUUGUGUGGUAACAGUCAACACAGCAAUGGCAGUGGCGGUCUCCGAAACAGUAGUCGACACAGUGGUGAACAUUCUCUUCGGGAAAGUCAACAUUCUCUUCGGGGCAGUAUGCACAGGCCACGAACGGGUCGAGCCAAAGCUGCGGUGUUCCGGGAGCUCGUCAAACGAAGCGACACACCGGUUGGUGCUGCGCCUCAUCUCAAGGCGUAUGGCUUGGGUCGAUAAUCACUGUGGGAU